CUUAUGGUUAGGUUGUUACGCACACUAGCGCGUUGAUGCGCGCACGGAUUCGAAAUCGCGAUGUCGGAAAAAUAGUCCGGCAUGCACCGGUAUCGAUUUUCCGGACACAAUUUUCCGGAUUAUCAAUCGGAAUUGGAUGGAAGUGUAUGAUGCACUAUGGGGUUAAACUAUUUCUCAUAUAAGUGCAAACUUUUCAGACUAGCUUAAAAGAAAACUUUCGCUACAAAUCGUGUGAUUACUUGUGAAUGAAUCGUAAGCUUCGUUAUAUGAAAGUGUACUUUGUUAUGUCGCAUUAGCAAAACUGAUAGUCCUUGUGUUGACAUGUGGAUUGAAUGCGUCUUUAACGAAUGGACAACUAGCUUUAUAAAACCUGUGACUUGUGAGUUUUUUAUUUUGAUUAACUGUGUAGUGCAGUUGCCGCUCAAUCGGCUCUAGGCUUGAGAGGUAGGAGAUCAAAAAGAAAAUGCUUAAGCUUCGCUGAUAGUAAGAAACAUGUCAUCUAAACGAAAAUCGCCACCGUCGAAAUUGCAAGACGGCGCCGCCGACACUGAAAAAUCCGAAGCCGGCCCGGCCAACCUAGAGUUUUCCGACCACCAAGAGUCAGACGACAACGAGCAACAAAACUACUAUAAAUUCUCACCCAGCUCCUCCACAAGAAGCUCUAUCAGUGAGGAAGAUCCUUCGAACUUCGAAGACGAGCGACCCACCAAGAAGCAACGAUUCGAACAAACAUUAGACAUGACAAACAAUCUUCUAGUCCCAUCGUCUUUCCUUAGCCUGCACCAAGUCAAUGAUCUGCAAGCGAGAAGACGCGGCUCCUCUGAAUGCAGUAGUCCGGGUGCCGAAGCGAAAGUAUUAGGACUCUGCAAUAAUAACAAUUCAUUGCUGAAUCAUAAUAGUGCGUUAUUACUCGCGCCGCCUCAUAAGCGGUCGAUGGAUGAUGUUCUGAAGAGAUUAACGUCUAAAAUGAAUAAUAGUACUAUUAAAGAAGAAAAGCGGCCCACGCCGUCUACUACUCCGGUCAAACAAAACAACGAGCGAAGAGGCGUGCUGGAGUCUGCAGCACUGCAGGCGCUUGCGGGGGACAGUGUGCUUGAGAAGGAGCGCCAGCUGUCCGAGAUGAUUCUGCAGCUGCAGAUGGUGCGGGAACAGCUGUUAGCGCAGCAGGAACAUGCUAAGAACAUGGGCAACGUGUCAGCGGAAAUGGAGCUGCAGAGAUUGCAGCAAGAACAUCUACGCCGGCAGGAGAUGGUCAGGCGUAACCAACACGGCAACCAGCACUCCUUGUACGCAGGUCACCCACUGGGCCUGCUGCCGCUGUUGGAACAGAUGAGACCACAGCCGCCGCAAGCGCCUCCUAAUGUCGUCCAAGCAUCUCCGUGGCCGGCAACCGCACAGCUGGCGCAGUUGACUGCGACAGCGCGCUCCCCUCCUCCCGACCCGGACGCCCCCCUUAACCUGAGCAAGCAGCGCUCGCCGUCGCCUGCACAAUCCUCCAUCAUGCUGCCCCGAUUCGUGCCCUACCCGCCAAUGGAUGAAAGUCCACAAUAUAAUAUGCAAAAGGAUGACGAUUUCAAUGCGUCGUGUAACACUUCAUCGUGGGGACAGUCACCACCAGAGGAGACGGAGAAAGCAAAGCUGAUCCGACAACCGAAGCGGGACGAGUCCGGAAAGCCGCACAUCAAGAGACCUAUGAACGCCUUCAUGGUGUGGGCCAAAGACGAGCGCCGCAAAAUACUAAAGGCCUGUCCCGACAUGCACAACUCCAACAUAUCCAAGAUACUGGGAGCCAGAUGGAAGGCUAUGUCUAACGCUGAGAAGCAGCCAUAUUAUGAAGAACAAUCUAGAUUGUCUAAAUUACACAUGGAAAAGCAUCCUGACUACAGGUACCGGCCAAGACCGAAGAGAACUUGUAUAGUCGAUGGCAAGAAAAUGAGAAUAUCGGAAUACAAGAACCUGAUGCGCACGCGCCGGCAGGAGAUGCGGCAGCUGUGGUGCCGGGACGGCGGCAGCGAGCUGGGCUUCCUGCCCACUCUCCCCUCUCCGGGACCAUCCAACACCUCCCCACCCCCCAACGGGGGAAACUACAUGAAUCCCGCGUUUUCACCCCCGCUAUCGCCGAGAGAGGAAGAUUGAGGUACGGCGCGCGGCUGGCCUUACCCGCACGCCGCGCCCCUCCCUCUGCCUCCCUCGCACCACCCCUGGUAACGUGAGAACCGAGACAAGAUUUAGACUUGAAUCUCAUUGAUCAUUUCGUUCUAGUUCUCCCUUCACUCUUUGAGUAUAAUUAUAUUGAACGAUCGUUGUAAUCGUGCUAGAAUUAUCUAUGUAAGAACCAACCUUUAGGUAUCCUUUACCAGUAUAGGUUGUCUUUUAAUGCCAGUGUUGCAAUCGGAUCUCUCUUUUAUACAAAUAUCUAAUUAUUAUGAGAUUAUUCCAUUAGUGGUUUAAGAAAAUCCUAGGGGCACUUUAACCUUGUAAUCGUAUUAAAAUAUUUUUAUCGGCGCUCCAUUUGUCUCUAUUCUUUGAAUCUGGUGCACUCAAAUAAAGCGAAAUGUGCCAAUUACGUAGGAUAAUAAACCAACAAUUAGAAAAUUAGAAAAACAUUGUAAAUAAAAAUAAAUUAAGUCAGUCGUUUUAUCGAAAUAUGUAAAUUAAGUCUGUAUCGCGAUAAACGGCUUUGUCUUUGUAAAUAAGCACGAUUCUUGUAGAUAGUUUUAGGUAUUUCAAUAUUUUACAUUCAAAUUACAUUUUACAUAAUAAAUUAUAUAUAAGAGGUAGUAUCUCUACAUAACGUACUAUCGUGUGGCCAUGUAUAAAUUUUAAUUAAACCCUAAUCUACCUAAUAUAUAAUAUUUAGAAUCUCUAGUAAUAAUACUUAAAUAUAUCAAACCAAAAAUUUGAAGCGGAAUGCUUGAAAAUUUAUGUGUUUAGAACACAAACUGAUUUAAUAUAUCCAGUGACGAGCGUUAUAAAUAUAUAUUCAUACUUCAACUAAAUGCCGCAUUCGGUCAUAUGUGGAAAAUCUUAAUUUGAUAAUAUUCGAAUGUAUACUUAAUUAAAAAUAUAUAAUAAAAAUUAGCACGAAAUUAUAUAAUCUGUAAUCAUGAAUAGAAGUGCAGUGUUGCCAACUGAUAGUCAAUUCGACAAUUGUCAAUUUGGUUAAAAAAAUCAAAUACGUUAUUAUUGAUUUUUACAAAACCCUCCGAAAAUGUGGGUUAUCAUCACAAUCAAAAUCAAAUAUUCGCUUUAUUGAAUCGUGCAAUUUAAAUUAGUAGAAAUAGUCGCUAAGCUGUAGUAGAAAGCAUAAUAAAGUAGGUACAUAAUAGUAGAUUGGUAGAAAACAAAUUUGUACAGAUAAUGUAGAAUGGGAUACGUUUGAUUGGUGAUGUUGAUUGCCAUUUAGUUUUGUUAUUUAUUUUUGUAAUUAUAUUUCUCUUUUUUUUUUUUUGUUUUCUUUAUGUGAUGGUGAACACGCCAGUUCGUUUAUGAGAAUUGUUUUUACUGUAUGUUAUAAAACCGAUUUUAGUGCCUGAUACUUUGUAUAUGGCAACAUAUUUAGAAACAAACGUAUAGGCGGACCAAGUUAUCUUUGACAGGAAUGGCGGCGCCA